CCGACGAAAGAGAAAAACUCAAAGUUGUUAAUUUUGGACUACAUUGCUACCCGUGCUUCACUGACAUCUUUGCGUUGGAUAAGUUCAAACGAGUCUGCACCACUUUUAGACUCAGGUUUCGCCUCUUAAACAGCCCAGAAUGGCUUUCCAGUGUCAGAGAGACUGUUAUAUGAAAGAGUUUGUCACCGCUGUAGUAUCCUGCUGUCCUGCGGAACUAAAACAAGAAGUGAAUGGAAAGAAAGAAACCCUUAAAGGUUUUAAUGUCCUGCUCCAAGAUACAAUCUUAUUCCCUGAGGGAGGAGGCCAACCAGACGACCAUGGUCUGAUUGGAGAGGUUCCAGUCUUAAGAGUGACCAGGCAGGGACCGGAUGCAGUUCACUUCGUGACCUCACCUGUGGAGGUGGGUCAGGAGGUGCGGGUGACGGUAGACUGGGAGAGGAGGUUUGAUCACAUGCAGCAACAUUCAGGUCAGCAUUUAAUUACAGCUUUGGCAGACGCAAUGUUUGGAUACAAGACCACUUCCUGGGACUUGGGCCGUCACAGAAGCACAAUCGAACUGGACACUCCAUCAGUUAAAGCCGUGCAGCUUCAGGAACUGGAAGAGGCCGUGAAUGAGAAGAUUCGAGCUGGGAUUCCCGUUGGUGUUCAACUCCUUGAUUUAAGCGACCCUGCUGUGGAGAAAGUGAGGAGUCGGGGGCUGCCAGACGACCAUGCAGGGCCUGUUCGAAUCAUCGACAUGGAGGGCAUUGAUGCCAACAUGUGCUGUGGAACCCAUGUGACCAACCUCAGUCACUUACAGGUCAUAAAGCUGCUGGGAACAGAGAAGGGAAAGAAAAACAAAACCAACCUCAUCUUCCUUACAGGGAACAGAGUCCUGAAGUACGUGGAGAAGAGCUACAGCACAGAGCGAUCGCUGGUCUCUCUCCUGAAGACGGGUCCAGACGAGCACGUCGAGGCCGUGGAGAAGAUCCAGAAGUCUGUCAAGAUGCUACAGAAGAGCAACCUGAGUCUGCUGCGGGACAUGGCCGUGCUUAUUGCUCGGGACUUUAAGAACAACCCUCACAGAGGAAACUUCUUCAGCUUUCACAAAAAAGAAGGUGACAAUGAGUUUAUGAACAUCAUCGCCAAUGAAAUAAACACAGAGGAAACUCUGGUCUUCCUCACUGUUGGAGAGGAAAAGGGAGCCGGUUUGUUUCUCCUCGCUGGGCCCAGUGGACAAGUCACAGAAUUAGGCCCACGGAUUUUGGAGUUGCUUCAGGGAAAAGGGGCGGGGAAGAGCGGGCGUUUCCAAGGCAAAGCCAACAGCCUGGCACGCAGAGAGGAGGUGGAGGCUUUCCUGAGACAGCGCUGCAAACAUCACAGCUCAGAGGAAGAGUGAAGCCUGCAGCAGAGAGCGCCCCCUGGAGGGAACCGCAGCUCCCCAACGACCUUAAACCCCAGAAAAAGAUGUGUACAGAACGUUAAAAUAAAGUCACAUUAUUGCAGUGGCAUGCUUAGUAGAACAUUUAGAAAAGUCUGAUCUUUAUUUAGGAGCAAAUUUAUACAUAAACAGUCUACAAAAUAACUGGCACAACUUCUGACACCUGUUCUGUUGAAACAUGUUUAGAGCCUACAGGGUGUGGCUAAAGCUACAGUUUAGCUUGGCAUGGGGACAUUUGUAAUGUUAGGGGUUGCUACGGCGACCACAAGAUGCCACAGCAUGCUGCAGCUCUGUGACAGUUUGGGAUUUUUUGUCACCAUUUACACCCAUAAAAACUAGAAAUCAUGAAUUAGACAUUUCUUGAAAAGUCAGAGAAAUGAAAUGUGUUGCAUUUUUUGUAUUAGUUAUUUUGUUAAACAUUUCUUAUUGUGGACUUUCUUCCAUGCUGAAUAAAUUUUGUCCAGUAUUAGAUUGUUUUCUAAACAUUUUAGUGAUAUUCUGCAAUAUAUGACUUUAUAUUAGAGGUCUGUACACAUCUUUACCAGAGAUGCCAGUUUGUCUAUUUCUGUAUGAACUAUUUUGCUGAAAUACUGGAGCACUUUUCUAAUGAUGUACAUAUUUGUAUGUGGAAUACUGACAGGUGGCUCGUAUGCCCAUGUGAAAUACAGGAUGAUGAUUCGGAAUAGAAAUGCAGCCUCCGUUUGAAUUAAACUGUUUUUACAGUGCA